AUUCAAAAUAUAAAAAAUAAUGUCUUUCUUAAAAAAAAAUUGUUUUUGGUUGCUGGGCCCACAGCAAAAGCCAAAAAAGAAGUUCUGACCCAUGACCUACCUUGGAGAUUGUGGUUCAUUAUAAACAUAUUUUUCAUUAUAAACAUAAAGUCACCGAUUUGUCCCAAAAUUUUAAUAACGCGAUAAGAAAUUUGCGCAAUCAUUAAAUUUAAUUAUUCAAUUUAUACAUUGCAUCUGUUUAUAAUUUUUAGUUCAGUCUUGAAUCAAUUGUGAAUCAUUUCACUUGUGCAGAAUGAAGUCGGUUGCUUUAGUGCUGUUUUUGUCAUAUUUGCUUUUAGAGGAGUCAAAUUUUUCAAUUGCAGACUCUGUUGAGAAUUAUCAACAACAAACUAAAACUCAAGAAAGCGACAAUCAGUGCAAUUCGUAUUGUUUCAUUGUUUUCAAGCCCUUUCUCGAUCAUUUAACUGAGUUAAAACAAGCAGCCAAUAGCAGCGAUGAACUAAGAGAAAAAAUAACUACAUUGGAACUCUCUAACAAGGACUUUCAGAUCCAGUUAUCAAAUGCCGAAGGUCUAGACAAGAACAGUAAAUUACUAAUUAAUUUUAAAGAUGAACAAAUUAAGGAGAUAAGUAAACAACUCAAGGACAAGGAUGAACAAAUUAAGGAGAUAAGUAAACAACUUAAGGACAAGGAUGAACAAAUAAGGGAGAUGAAUCAACAACAUGAAGUCAAAGAUGAUAAGAUUAAAAACCAAUCUGAUCUGCUCAAGAACAAAGAAGAAACUAUUUUAAACUUGCAGAGCCAGCUUGCAAUCGGUAAAAUACAAAUCGAAAAUAAAGAUAAUCUAAUUCAUAUAAAAGAAGAUCAAAUUAAAGACAAAACUGAUCAUAUAAAAAAACAAGAAUAUUUCAUACAACAAAAGGAACAACAAAUAAAGGAAAAAGAUGAAAAUAUAAACAUUAAAAUUACUCAAAUCAAUGACCAAAGUGCGGAAAAUAUGAAAAAAGCUAAACAAAUCUAUGAGUUAACGAACCAAGUAACUGAGAAAACUUACCUGCUUUCGACAUGUAGUGAAUUUGACCAAUGUCCCAGUGAAGGUCCAACUGGCAUUUACAACAUGAAAAUGCGCGGAAUAAAUGCCUUUAAAGUUCCCUGCAAUUCAACUGGUUGGAUGACAAUUCAGAGGCGUAUGGACGGAUCACAGGAUUUCAAUCGAAACUGGGUUGAUUAUAAAAACGGAUUUGGGGACGUUAAACGAGAGUUCUUUAUCGGACUCGAAAAGUUGCAUCUCAUGACGGAGGCACAACCAUACGAACUUUACAUCACUCUUAGGGAUAUAAAUGGAACCAGCCGCUACGCAAAGUACGAUAAUUUCAAAGUUGGGAGUGAGAUGGAGGGAUAUGAGCUGACAACGAUAGGGAAAUAUUCUGGUACAGCAGGUGACUCCCUAAAAUACCACGAGAAAUCAAAGUUCAGUACACAUGAUCGGGAUAAUGACUUUCACGGUGGAAACUGCGCAAAGAGUCACAAUGGAGGUUGGUGGUUUAACAAAUGUGCUUACAGUUCGCUCAAUGGAAAUUAUUAUAAAAAUGGUAAGAAGGAAGGCCAAGGAAAAUACGGAAUUGUGUGGGGCGAUUGGAAAAAAUUUGACUACACAAUUUCGCUUAUUUUUGUUGAAAUGAUGAUUAGACCCAAAUCCAAUUGAGCUAGAAAAGUUGCACCAUACUGAAGCAGAGACUUUUAACAAA